GUCCAUGCUGAGGCCAUUGCAAACCCCAUUGUCAGGCUUCACUGGAGCCAGCAUAGAAGCGGAAGGUCAGAUCACCUUACCAGUUACCUUGGGGUCGGGUAACAAAAUAGUAACCAAGCAAAUGAGAUUUGUUGUGGUUGAUAUCAAGUGUGUACAUAAUGCCAUUCUUGGUAGACCUGGAAUCAACCAGGUCAGGGCUAUCAUUUCUAUGGCCCACUUAUGCAUGAAGUUUUACACUCCCAAUGGAAUCGGGGAGGAAAGGGGUGAUCAAAAGAACGCCCGGUCCUGCUACCUGGAAGCAGUCAAGAAGAUGACCCGCCAGUUCGAACAAAUUGAAUUGGUCUCCCAGCAGGUAGACAAGGGUGAGGAGAAGGCUAGGAUCGAGCUAGAUGCAAACACGGAAGAGAUCCAGAUCGAUGCCUCCAAUCCUGAGAGGAAGGUUAAAAUUGGGGCUGAUCUUCAGGAAGAGCUAAGGACUGAGAUUGUCCAGGUGUUGACCAG